AUGGGCGACGUCGAGUCCCUCGCGCAGCUCCUGCGGCACCCCGAGGACCUCGACAAGAUCCCCGCGCUCAAGGCCGAGUUCUCGCGCAAAAAGGCGGCCGUCGACGGGCAGCUGCGCCACGGCCUGCGCGCGCAGCUCGAGCUGACGCAGGCGGGCAUGACCAGCAUCACCGACGGCCAGCGCACCGUCGGCCUGAUCAAGGAGGAAAUGAUGAAGAUUGACAAGCUGUGCGCCGAGGCUCAGAACAUGAUUCAGGACUUUCCGCACAUCAAUGUCGUUGCCCAGACGCACAAGAACUUCGAGAGCGUCGAGAAGAUGCGCCGCGACAUCCGGUCCUUCGACGACCGCCUGGCCCAGCUCGAGUUCCUGCUCGACCAGGACGACGCCGACCCCACCGAGCAGCGUAACCUGCUGCAGAUCCACUACGGGCUGACCCAGCUGCGCGACAUCCGCGACGUCGCCAUGGACCAGAUCAAGAGUACCGAGGACGCCUCCACCGAGCUGCUCGACAACCUGGCCCUCGACGACGGCGCCACCGUCCAGGACCUCUUUGCACGCCUCGACGACGUGAUCGAGCGCUUCGACCAGCACAUCGGCGAGGCGUGCAUCAAUUUGAUCGACCUCGUCCAGGCCGGCAACGACGGCGUCGUCGUGCGCCUCGCCGUCAUCGUCGAGGACGAGGAGAAGACAGACGCCAAGGUCAAGGCCCUACAGGAUGCCCAGCGUGAGUACAAGGACCUGGCAUCGCGCUUCAAGUCCAUCACCGCGGGGCCCAAGGAGCUGCGCGGCUACAAGGACAAGUUCACAAAGGCCAUCGAGUACGUCUGCGAGGCCAACAUGGCCGAGGCCCGUGAGAAGUUCGACGACGACCCGGAUAAGGUCGACAAGCACUUCAAGUGGUACUUCAACAACCUCAACACGGUCAAGCUGGGCAUGGUGCACCUGAUGCCCAAGAAGUGGAACAUCAUGCAGACCUACACCAACAUCUACCACCGCCAGAUGCACGACUUCCUGAUGAGCCUUGCCGACGACGACGGCCUGGGGCCGCAGUACCUCCUCGCCGUCAUCAACUGGGUCGACAGGUACUAUGCGAAAAUGAACAAGCUGGGCUUCCCCGAAGAAGCCCUGGAGCCCCACGUCAUCGACAACCGCGGCCCAGAGCUGAUCCGCACAUACCGCCAGGUCAUCAUCAACGCCGUGGACCAGUUCAUGGACCGCAUCAACUCCGGCGACCGCAAGUCGUUCCUCGACCAAGACCGCAACGCCUACGAGGUCAACCCAGACGGCAUCUUCCAGACGCGCUCGCUGGGCGACGUAUGGACCAUGCUGUCUCAGAACCUGUCUGUCGCUGCCAGCAGCGAGCGCGCCGACGUAGCAGAAGGCACCGUCGACGCCAUGAUCCGUGCACUCACCACCCGCCAGCGUCUUUGGACCACGCUCAUCGACGACGAAAAAGACAAGUACAUGGGCCCGACCCCCCAGCUCGAUGGCGAAGCAGUCCCCGUCUUCCAAGAAUGGCUGAUCGCCCUCGCCAACGACCAGAUCAUCUGCAUCGACGACGCCGACCUCGACCUCGGACGGCCCAGCUUCGUCACGCUCUUCGAAAAAGAGGCCACCCCGCUGCUUUCCCCGCAAUACCUCUCCGACCGCCUCGCUCCCCAGCUCGACGAGCUGAGGAACGGCUACAUCGACAUCUCCAGCCAUUGCAUCCAGACCUUCUGCCAGCUCAUCUUCCUGACCGACUUCCGCCCCAUUCUGUCCAAAUUCUUCACCCCGCUGUGGUACCAGAGCACCGACAUGGCAUCCAUCAUCAUCACGUUCAGAGACUACCUCGCCGAUUACGAAGAGCAAGUCCACCGCUCGCUGCGCGACCUGCUCAUCGACUCGCUCGCCGACGAGCUGCUGGUACAGUACCUCAGCGCCGUGCGCAACAAGGGCGUCAAGUUCCGGCGCGCCGACGCGUUCGCGGCGAAGCUGCGCGACGAUCUGGUCGCGGCGUUUGACUUCUUCCGCAGCUACGGCGACCAGGGCCGCGAGAUCAUGGGCCGCUGGCGUGCGGUCGAGUUCUUCCUGCGCCUGCUUGAGGUCGAGAAGAGUCUUGUCCCCGGUGUAUAUGAGGAAUUCAAGGCGAGCUAUCGCGAGGUGCACAUCAGCUGGGUCGAGGCCGUAUUAAGGAGCAGAGAUGAUUUUGAUCGCGGUCUGUUGAACGCGGUGAAGGCGCAAGCCGCGCAGGUCGUCGAGGAUCUGGAUGCGCCUGCGGAUCCGAUCAUGGGGCGCGUCAAGUAA